UUCCUGUUUACAGGAUUUCAGCCCAACGGGCAAGCUCCCAUCUCCUCUUCUGACAAGCCACUGACACCUCAGCUUCGUGCCAGUGGUGUCAAUGUUCCAGAGUUCUCACCUCCACGGCGGUUAAGGACAGAUGAAAUUCCUCAAGUCGUCCACGAUUUUAGAGUUGCUGCUAGGAAUGCCAUAGAGGCAGGUUUUGAUGGAGUCGAGAUACAUGGAGCCCACGGCUACCUAAUUGAUCAGUUCCUGAAAGAUCAAGUUAAUGACAGAACCGACAAGUAUGGUGGAAGCUUAGAGAACCGUUGCCGUUUUGCUCUAGAAGUAGUCGAGGCCGUCGUUGAUGAGAUUGGAGCUGAUAAAGUCGGCAUCAGGCUCUCUCCCUUUGCCAAUUACAGCGAGUCUGGGGAUUCAAACCCAGAAGCCCUCGGCCUUUACAUGGCUGAAUCACUAAACAAGUAUGGAAUCCUCUAUUGCCACAUGGUCGAGCCGAGGAUGGUCACAGAAGAUGAGAAGUUGGAAACUCCCCACAGUCUCGUACCUAUGAGAAAGGCUUUCAAGGGGACUUUCAUAGCAGCCGGAGGCUAUGACAGAGAAGAAGGGAACAAAACUAUUGCUAGCGGUUAUGCAGACCUAGUUGCUUAUGGCCGCUUGUUCUUGGCUAACCCUGAUUUGCCUAGGAGAUUUGAGCUUAAUGCGCCUCUUAACAAGUACGACAGAAACACUUUCUAUUCACUAGAUCCGGUUGUGGGGUACACCGACUACCCUUUUCUCGAAUCUACAGCCUAGAUUUUCAUUUAUGUGAGAUAAAGGAGAGCUGCAUUAUUGUUUUCCGACAUUUCUUCCAGAAGGUUGGAUUUAAAGUUGUUGUGUUUUAGAUGAUAUGAUGUUCGAGAUUGUUUGUAUUAAUGUUUCUGUGAUAUGAUAUUGGGGUUGUAUGUAAUACAGUUUCUGUGAACUUAUCUUAUAAUACUUUGCAUUUGCCUAUAUGAUUCAUGUUACAUGCAACAAUGAAAUCCUUGGCAGUUUUAUGGUGUA